AUGGAUUUCUUGAAACCUGAGACGGUCUUGGACCUGAAAAACAUCCGCGAUGAGCUGGUGAGAAUGGAGGAUACGAUUAUCUUCAAAUUCAUCGAAAGGUCACAUUUUCCAACUUGUCCUGCGGUUUACAAGGAAAGGGACCCUGGUCUCCGCAUUCCUGAUUUUGAUGGUAGUUUUCUGGAUUGGGCUUUGAUAAAAGCUGAAAUGACACAGUCACAAAUUAGACGAUUUGAGUCCCCCGAUGAAACCCCCUUUUUCCCGGAUAAAAUACUGAAACCAAUUUUGCCCAGUAUCAAUUAUCCCAGGGUCUUGGCAACGUACUCGCCAGAAGUUAAUUUCAAUGGGGAGAUCAAGGACGUUUAUAUCAAUCAAAUAACGCAUCUCAUCUCAAAAUACGAUGGUGAAUGUUGGGAAAACCUAGGGUCUGUGGCUACCAUUGACAUAGAAUUACUGCAGAGUCUCAGCAGAAGGAUUCAUUUUGGCAAGUUUGUCGCAGAAGCCAAAUUUCAAGCGGAUCGUCCAUUGUACUCGAAGAUGAUUCGCGAAAGGGAUAUCGAGGGCAUCUAUGAAAACAUUACCAAUAGCGCGGUGGAGGAAAAAAUAUUGGAAAGAUUGUGCGUCAAAGCUGAGGUCUAUGGAGUCGAUCCAACUGAUAAAGCCGGACAACGGAAGAUUACGCCCGCAUAUUUGGUCAAAAUUUACAGAGAACUUGUAAUUCCUCUGACAAAGAAAGUAGAAGUCGACUACCUGCUUCGUAGACUCGAGAGCGAGUAG